CCCCGCCGCCUCCGUCAUCGGGAAAGGCCACGUCAACCACCACCGCUACAACAACCACCACUACAACAACCACCACCACCAUACCAUCACCAUCACCACGUCAACCACCACCACGUCAACCACCACCACGUCAACCACCACCACGUCAACCACCACCACGUCAACCACCACCACGUCAACCACCACCACUACAACAACCACCACUACUACUACCACCACCACAAUACCAUCACCACCACCACGUCAACCACUAUAACCACCACUACUACUACCACCACGUCAACCACCACCACUACAACAACCACCACUACGACAACCACCACUACUACUACCACCACCACCAUACCAUCACCACCACAAUAUCAUCACCACCACCACGUCAACCACUACAACCACCACUACUACUACCACCACAUCAACCACCACCACUACAACCACCACCAUACCAUCACCACCACGUCAACCACCACCAACCACGACCCCCUAACCACCACAACCAUCACAACCACCACCACUACCACCACCACUACUACUACCACCACAAUACCAUCACCACCACCACGUCAACCACUUCAACCACCACCACCACUACGACCCCCUAACCACAAUACCACCACCACCACAUCACAACCACACUACCACCACUACCCCUUAACCACCAUCACUACCACUACUACAACCACCACCCCUUACCCAUCAUAACCACCACACCACUACCACCACCACACUACUACCACUGCUACCACUACAACCACUACCACCACCACUACUACCACCACAAUACCAUCACAUCCACCACCACAACCAUCUAAACCACCACCACUACACAACCACCACACUACCACCACCACCACACUACCACCACACUACCACCACCACACUACCACCACCACUACCACAACCACCACCACCACCAGCAGCUGUGUUGUAGUCUGGAGCGCCACGGCUCCUCGCGAAGAGUUUCGAGGAGGAGGCGGAGGAGAUCAUGGAGAGCCGCUACAGCCUGAGGAGCCCAGCCGUGAAGCGACUGAUGAAGGAGGCGCAGGAGCUGAGGGAGCCCACUCAGCACUACUUUGCUCAGCCACUCGAGGAUAAUCUGUUUGAGUGGCACUUCUCGGUGAGGGGACCCCCGGACUCGGACUUCGAGGGCGGCAUAUACCACGGCCGCAUCAUCCUGCCCCCAGAGUACCCCAUGCGGCCGCCCAGCAUCAUCAUGCUCACGGCGAGCGGGAGGUUUGAGGUCGGGAAGAAAAUCUGCCUCAGCAUUUCUGGCCACCACCCCGAGACCUGGCAACCUUCAUGGAGCAUCCGCACAGCGCUGCUCGCUCUGAUUGGGUUCAUGCCGACCAAGGGGGAGGGAGCCAUCGGCUCCCUGGACUACUCAGCGGAGGAGCGGAGACAGCUCGCCAAACGCUCUAGAGAGUUUGUGUGCGAGGGCUGUGGGGAGCGUUUGAGGGCGGCGCUGCCGGAGGCGGCCGAGGGGCCCAGCCCGGACGACAGCGAGGCUCACGAGCUGGCUCGGCAGAUCAGCUUCAAGCCGGAGGCGACCGGGCCAGGGACACAACCUCCAGAGGGCAGCAGCAGCAGCGGUGGUGGUGGCGGUAUUGACAGCGCCAGCAGUGGCAGCAUCACUACCACAGGUCCAUCCCCCUCUGCAAGUGAACCCCAGGAAGAGAGCGGAGAAUCGGGAGCUCAGAGACUCCGUCCACCGUCGCCAGCCAGCACGGAGCCCCGGCAACGCGUGGUCACCACGGCCACCACCGCCACCACCUCCUCCUCCUCUUCAGCAGCAGCAGCAGUGCAGCCCGGCGGGGGACGCGGGGGGAGGGGGGCCGAAGUUGGGGAGGAGGCGGGGAGCGGGGGACCGAGGGGAGGGGCCGUGGGGGGGCGGGGGCUGGCCUCCUCCCUACUGGUGGCGCUCCUCGCGGUGGCCAUCGCCUUCCUGGUGCUGCGCAGAGCACUGCUGGGUCGGGCGUUCGACGACGGAUACGGAGUGUGACGCAUGCGUGGUGUGAGUGUGACGCACGGUGUGUGUGUGUGUGUGACACACGCACGGUGUGUGUGUGUGUGAGUGUGACACACGCACGGUGUGUGUGUGUGUGAGAGUGACGCACGCACGGUGUGUGUGUGUGUGAGAGUGACGCACGCACGGUGUGUGUGUGUGUGACGCAUGCGUGGUGUGCGUGUGUGUGUGACGCAUGCGUGGUGUGCGUGUGAUGCAUGCGUGGUGUGUGUGUGACGCAUGCGUGGUGUGCGUGUGUGUGUGACGCAUGCGUGGUGUGCGUGUGACGCAUGCGUGGUGUGUGUGUGACGCAUGCGUGGUGUGCGUGUGUGUGUGACGCAUGCGUGGUGUGUGUGUGACACAUGCGUGGUGUGCGUGUGUGUGUGACGCACGCACGAUGUGUGUGUGCGUGACGCAUGCGUGGUGUGCGUGUGUGCGUGACGCACGCGUGGUGUGCGUCUGUAACGCACGCACGGUGUGUGUGUGUGACGCAUGCACGAUGUGUGUGUGUGUGUAACGCACGCACGGUGUGUGUGUGUGACGCACGCACGGUGUGUGUGUGUGACCCACGGUGUGUGUGUGACCCACGGUGUGUGUGUAACGCAAGGUGUGUGUGUGACGCACGCACGGUGUGUGUGUGUGACGCACGCACGGUGUGUGUGACGCACGGUGUGUGUGACACACGCACGGUGUGUGUGUGACGCACGCACGGUGUGUGUGUGUGCGACGCACGCACGGUGUGUGUGUGUGCGACGCGCGCACGGUGUGUGUGUGUGUGACGCGCGCACGGUGUGUGUGUGUGUGACGCGCGCACGGUGUGUGUGUGUGUGACGCGCGCACGGUGUGUGUGUGACACGCGCACGGGGUGUGUGUGACGCGCGCACGGUGUGUGUGUGACGCGCGCACGGUGUGUGUGUGUGACGCGCGCACGGUGUGUGUGUGUGACGCGCGCACGGUGUGUG